AUAUUCUUCCAGAAGACUCCAAGGAGCAAGCAUCUAUUGAUAUAACACCAACACGUGGCAAAAUGAUGCGGGGGAGAAAACAAAAUCUGCUCCCUGACCACAAAAGACCAGGAGAAGCAGCAGGCAGCUCCUGGCCUGUAAGCCAGCAAGACGGCGUAAAGACCUCAGAGGAGAUGUCCUUAAAUACAUCGGAGGGCAUCACCAGCAACUUCCAGCCGGCCCUCAGCUGGGACCUUGAGAGGUUGAUAGCGGCCUGGGCAUUCAGGGUCAUCUUAAAUGGAAGCCCGGGCCAGGGAGAUCCAGCAAGACAGACUCUCCAGCGCAAGACAGAGGAGGGUCUACUGGAGAUGGUGCGGGGACUGUACAGGGGGCUGCCCACUGUUCUGCAUCUAGUGGGAUUACUUGACGUGUGUGGGACAAGAGGUGAUAGAGCAAACAGAGAAGAGACAAUCCCUGGAGGUCAGGAGAGGCCAUCCCUUCCACCUCUCCACUGUCCACGCUGGAACUCCCCACCUCAUGACAAGCCCUGGCCGUUGUCCCAGCAUCUGUCCUACUGGAUGCAGAGCAACCGGGCAGGGGUGCAAGCAAACGCCCUCUCCCUGUACAGCUCCCUGCUCUCCGACGGCUGCCACCUCCUGUCGUUUCACGACUUCUUUGAGCCCGACAUCGGCCACCUUCGGGCCCUGCCCUCCCACUCCCAGAUGGAUCCCAAAGCAGGGAUUAGGGAGCAAGCCAGGGAGUCCAUGUGCCAGCUGCUUAAUAUCCUGCUGGGCCAGAAGUGCCUGGGUGGGAGGGACAACCGCCUGAGGUGGAAGGCAGAGAACAGGCAGGCCUGGAAGUCCCAGUACCAGAAUGUGAUCUGCAUGGGAAAGGAGCGGUGCCCCAUGCCCUGAGGCAACCGCCUACCUGGCCUCAAUGGGCGCGCCAGCCCUGAACACCUGCCUCCAUCAGACUGUGCUGCUGUAGGGGGAAUGAUCUCCAGCCUGGGCGGAGAGAGACCAGCACUUCAGCCCACUGUCCUCUGUGCCUGAGGCAUUUUACCAACACCUGCCUCCAUCAGACUGUGCUGCCGUAGGGAGAACGAUCUCCAGCCUGGGCAAAGAGAGACCAGCACUUCAGCCCACUGUCCUCUGUGCCUGAUCUCCAUCCUGAGCAGAGAGAGACCAGCACCUCAGCCCACCAUCUUUCUUUCCUGAGAUACUAUAUGAACACCUGGCUCCAUCAGACUGUGGUACCAUAGGGAGAAUGGUCUCCAGCCACAGACAAAACAGCGACAUAGUGGAUACUUUGGUGUUGUCCAAGGCUAUCCUUUCUACUGGAACUCUUUCCACAUGCUGAACAUUGAUACGCAUUCUCCCGUGCAUGGGUUCUUUGAUGGGAAAUACGGUGGAGAUUGUGACACAAAUGCUUCUUACAUUCUGAGCAUCUCUGAGGUUAUACUCCUGUGUGAAUUCUUAGACACUGAAUGAGGUUAUCGCCUCGACUAAAAAAACUUUCCACGGCAUUCACAUGAUUUCUCUCCCAUGUGGAUUCUUUGAUGUUGAAUAAGCCUAUUUCUUUCACCAAAGCUCUUCUCACACUCUGAGUAUUUCUAUGGUUUCUGUCCUGUAUGAAUUUUUAGAUGUUGAUAAUGGGUUGAUUUCUGAGAAAAGGUCUUGCCACAGGCUGAACAGUUAUGCAGACCUUCCCAUGUGUGUAUUUGGUAUUGGUUAAGCUUAGUGCAUUGAUUGAAGCUCUUUCCACACUGCACACUGAUAUGGUUUCUCCCUUGUAUGGAUUCUUUUAUGAGAAGUGAGGGUGCCAUCUUGACUGAAACUCUUUCCACAUUCUGAGCAAUUAUAUAGUUUCUCUCCUGUUAGAUGCUGAUUCAGGGUUGAUUUCUGAGAGCAUGUC